AUGCUUCCCUGUUUGAUUCUCCUCGCUCUGGUAGCCAACUCAGAAGCUAUUCUGUGGGGACUGUUUGGAGGUGGAUGCGGAUGCUGUUGUGCGCCGCCACCACCUCCUCCACCGCCUGCCUGUGAACCAGUGGCACCAGCCUGUGCAGCCCCGGCUCCUGCACCGGCUCCAGUACCUAUGUACAUAGCAGCUCCAGCACCACCUCCACCCCCUGUGUACGCGGCUCCUCCACCACCAGCACCAGCACCCGUGUACGCGGCUCCUGCUCCUCUGCCAGCUCCGGCAGGGUAUGCCAUGGCUGGUUAA